CCAGCCGGUGAAUGUUGCGUCGGCUCGACUCUCAGCUGAAGCUUCGCAGAAGGUCUCUCUGUUUAGCCGGCUAGCAUCAUGGCGAACGUCGUGGAUACAAAGCUAUACGACAUCCUUGGAGUUUCACCAUCUGCUUCAGAGAAUGAACUGAAAAAGGCCUACCGCAAAUUGGCUAAGGAGUACCACCCUGACAAAAACCCUGAUGCUGGAGACAAGUUUAAAGAGAUCAGUUUUGCAUAUGAGGUGCUGACAAACCCAGAAAAGAAGGAGCUUUAUGAUCGCUAUGGAGAACAGGGUCUACGGGAGGGAGGAGGUGGAGGACCAGGAAUGGACGAUAUCUUUUCUCAUAUUUUUGGUGGAGGACUUUUUGGGUUUAUGGGGGGGCAGGGCAGAGGACGUAACGGAGGCAGGAGAAGAGGAGAGGAUAUGGUUCACCCUCUAAAAGUUUCACUUGAAGACCUCUAUAAUGGAAAAACAACCAAACUUCAGCUUAGUAAGAAUGUGCUGUGUGGUGCUUGUAAUGGUCAGGGGGGUAAGGCAGGAGCUGUACAGAAGUGUGUAGCAUGCAGAGGGCGAGGUAUGAGGAUCAUGAUCAGACAACUGGCUCCUGGCAUGGUCCAACAGAUGCAGUCCGUCUGCACAGACUGCAAUGGAGAGGGUGAAGUAAUAAAUGAGAAGGACCGCUGCAGAAAGUGUGAGGGUCAUAAAGUGUGUAAGGAGACCAAGCUUCUAGAGGUGCAUGUGGACAAAGGCAUGAGACAUGGACAGAAGAUCACAUUCUCUGGUGAAGCUGACCAAGCACCAGGCGUUGAACCAGGGGAUAUAGUCCUGGUGCUGCAGGAGAAAGAACAUGAGGAUUUCCGUCGUGAAGGCAGUGACCUUCACAUGGUCCAGCGUAUUGGACUGGUUGAAGCACUUUGUGGCUUCCAGAUGACUGUCACACACCUUGAUGGACGUCAAUUGCUUGUCAAAUACCCUCCCGGCAAGGUCAUUGAGCCAGGCUGUAUUCGAAUGGUAAAGGGAGAGGGGAUGCCUCAGUACAGAAACCCUUUUGAAAAGGGAGACCUUUAUGUCAAGUUUGAUGUCCAAUUCCCUGAAAACAACUGGAUCAGCCCUGAAAAACUGAAUGAACUUGAGUGCUUGCUGCCUGCCCGUGCUGAGAAUCCUGUAAUCACGGCAGAUGCGGAGGAAGUUGACCUGACUGAUUACGACAGAAGUCAAGGUUUAGGAGGUGGAGCUAGGCGAGAGGCCUACAAUGAUAGCUCUGAUGAAGAAGGGGGCCAUCAUGGUCCAGGGGUGCAGUGUGCACACCAAUAGAAGGACUCAUACAUGAAGACAUGCCCACACAAAGACAUGAACAUCCCUCAAGUCCCAUUGCUAACACCAUUCAAGACUUGAUGUUCGUACAAACACAGUUCUCUCCUUUCAUGAUUCCCAUGAGAAAGAAGAGAAACACAAAUACACACCUGCACAUAUAUCAACCCUCCUCAGUUCCAUGGUGCCCAUAAGUCAGAGAUAAUGCUGGAUAUGUGAUGACCGUUUAUGUUUAUGGACAGUAGUGCUCAUCUACGCUUCCAGCAAGAAGGUGAUUUCACACUCAGAGGUUCACUGACUGAACUCAACUUGGAUCGCUCUGUUUUUCAUCACAAGCUUUUACCUUCCACUGUGGGAAACACCAGUCUAGUGUAUAAAAUAAAUGCAAAUAUUGUUGAUUAUAUUGUAUAAGGUGUAGUUUAGUUCGU